AUGGCUACUGGUUACAAGAUUGUUAUUCUCAAAAAUGACAAGACUCGUUUUACUGCAAAGUGUGAAGAAGAUGGUUGUGGUUGGAGGAUUCACUUAGGGCCUGUGAAUGGUGACAUUUCUCGGUUCGUGCUGAAAGAUUCUAAUGGUGAUAGUUUGAAACCCAGACAGAUCAUGUCACUUUUUAAGAAGACUUAUGAGUCCAAUAUUAAGUAUCUCCAUGCCCGUAGAGGGAAAGAAACCGUAUUUGAAGAACAAUUUGGUGAUGACAAGAAUUCGUAUAGUGAUUUAACUUGGUAUGUCAAAGCCAUUGAGGAAACUAAUCCUGAUAGCUAUGUGAAGUUUGAAGCUGAUCAUAUUCAGGGUGCUUUGAUGGCUGCAACAUGUAUCAAUGGAAACAAUGGCUUUUACCCAUUUGCUUUUGCUCUUGUUUCUGCUGAAAACAAAGAUAAUUGGUUUUGGUUUCUGGAGAAUCUUAAACAAGUUGUUGAUGGUCGUCAGAUUGUUUUCCUUAGUGAUCGUGGAGAAGGACUUUUGCAGGGCAUUCCAAAAGUAUUUCCUAAUUCAUAUCACAACUAUUGUUUUUAUCGCAUCAAGUGCAAUCUCCAUAUUGGAUCAGAUGAUGCAAAAUCGAAGUUCGUUAUUGAUUUGUUUUACAAAGCUACUUACUCUUACACAACAUCUAACUUUGAAGAAGCUUUGCGGGGCAUCCAUGCAAUUGGAUGUGGACAUGUUGCUAAUUAUAUCAGGACUAUUCCAACGAAGAAAUGGGCAAAUGCAUUUUUCCCUGUAUGCAUAUAUAAUGCUCACUCUUCAACUCUUUUCGAGUCAUUCAACAACAGGGUUCUUGAUUUUAAAAAGUUGCCUGCUUUUGCUAUUCUCGAUGCGAUACGGUGA